CUGUUCAUUGCUUCUUCUACUCGAGGUGUUUAGUGACCAUGGCACAUGUAGCAGUGAGGUGUACCGGGGCUGUGUGAAGCCCCUUGUACAGGAUGUUGUUGUUAGACUCUCUGCGACCUAGGGCUUCUCUUAGGUAACAGGGCUACAGAGCUUGGAGGAUCAGCGGAGCAGAACUGUGCACUGCACAGCAUCGGUGAUGUCAGAGCGCUAAUCUCUCUGGGGGGAUUGGCGGAUGGACGCUCGUCAGAAACAUUUGAUGCUACCCUGGAUGAAAGCCGUUGGAGGCAGAGGGAAAGACAGAGGCAGAGUCGGAACUGUGCUGAGCAGAGCUGAGUUGUGUUCGUGGGGCUUUCGGAGUGAGGUUGCUGCCAUAUUCCAGCAUGGGAAGAGCGGCUGAGGAGAGCGGCUGAGGAGAUGAGAGGGUUUCACUAAUAGCCCAACAGAGACGCUAACUCUAGCUUUGUCUGCUAUUCUCUCGGACUCUCAUAUACCAUCACAAACACACACUCUUGAGUCCAGAGUGGGGCUCAGGCCCUGAGCCUUAGCCUCUCAUCUUACCAUUGCCGCAAGCACAAGGGGAGUUAGCGGGCAUCCUGCCCCAACCUUAUAGGAGGCACACCAUGCUCUCAGUGGACCACAAUAAAGGAUUUAUUUAUCAGAGAACCGAUGAGGAGGCAGUGGUGGACCGUGGGGGCACACGCUCCAUGCUCAACACCAACUUUGAGAAGGAAGAACUAGAAGGUCACCGCACUCUCUACAUUGGGGUUCAUGUUCCCCUGGGCAGGAGGUCGCACAGACGUCAUCGUCACCACGGACACAGACACAGGAAGAGGUCCAAGGAGAGGGACUCUACAGCUGAUGAUGGAAGAGAAUCCCCCUCACACACAGAUACACCAGCUCAGAGGGUGCAGUUUCUGUUGGGGACAGAGGAUGGCGACGAGGAACACAUCCCCCACGCCCUGUUCACCGAGCUGGAUGAAAUCUGCCUCAGGGAGGGUGAGGACGCCGAAUGGAAAGAGACAGCCAGGUGGCUCAAGUUUGAGGAGGAUGUUGAGGAUGGUGGUGAGCGGUGGAGUAAACCCUACGUAGCCACUCUGUCUCUACACAGUCUUUUCGAGCUUCGCAGCUGCAUCAUGAACGGCACCGUGAUGCUGGACAUGAGGGCCAACUCGCUGGAGGAGAUUGCAGACAUGGUUCUGGAUCAGCACGAGGUGUCGGGCCCUGUAGGUCAGGAUGCCAGGAAGAGGAUCCGCGAGGCCCUGCUCAAACAGCACCACCACCAAAACCACAAGAAACUGGCCAACCGCAUACCUAUUGUACGCUCCUUCGCUGAUAUUGGCAAGAAGCAGUCUGAGCCUCAUUCCAUGGACAAGAAUGGCCAAACGGUCUCACCUCAGUCCCAGCCAGCUAACAAUGAGGGCAAACAGGACGUCAGCCGGGAAAACAGUGCUGUCGACUUCAGUAAGAUUGACCUCCACUUCAUGAAGAAGAUCCCUCCUGGUGCUGAGGCAUCCAACGUCCUGGUGGGAGAGCUGGAAUUCCUAGACCGCCCUGUGGUGGCCUUCAUCCGCCUGGCUCCUGCUGUGCUGCUCAAUGGCCUGGCUGAGGUUCCCAUCACCACCAGGUUUCUUUUCAUCCUGCUUGGCCCUCUGGGAAAAGGUCCACAGUAUCAUGAAAUUGGCCGGUCUAUUGCUACGCUGAUGACUGAUGAGAUUUUCCAUGAUGUUGCUUACAAGGCCAAAGACAGGAAUGACCUGGUGGCAGGCAUCGAUGAGUUUCUGGACCAGGUGACAGUGUUACCCCCUGGAGAGUGGGACCCCUCCAUCAGAAUAGAGCCUCCCAAAAACGUGCCCUCUCAGGAAAAGCGGAAGAUUCCCCCUGUUCCCAAUGGAGUGACAGAUCUUGGAGAGUCGGAGGAACAUGGAGGGCACGGUGGCCCUGAGCUCCAGCGCACUGGGAUGUUAUUUGGUGGGCUCAUCUUGGACAUCAAGCGAAAGGCUCCUCACUACCUUUCCGACUACACAGAUGCCCUCAGUCUGCAGUGUCUGGCCUCCUUCCUCUUCCUCUACUGCGCCUGCAUGUCACCUGUCAUCACCUUCGGAGGACUCCUGGGCGAGGCCACAGAGGGACGUGUGAGUGCUAUUGAGUCCCUGUUUGGGGCUUCCAUGACUGGAAUAGCCUACUCUCUUUUUGCCGGUCAGCCCCUCACCAUCCUGGGCAGCACGGGGCCUGUUCUUGUCUUUGAGAAAAUCCUCUUCAAGUUCUGCAAGGACUAUGGCCUGUCCUACCUCUCCCUUAGGGCCUGUAUCGGCCUGUGGACGGCCUUCUUCUGUCUACUGCUGGUGGCCACGGAUGCCAGCUCGCUUGUCUGUUACAUCACACGCUUCACUGAGGAAGCUUUUGCCUCGCUGAUCUGCAUCAUUUUCAUCUAUGAGGCUCUGGAGAAGCUGAUGCACCUGGGGGUGCACUACCCCAUCAAUAAACACAACAACCUUCAGAAACUCACACAGUACUCGUGUGCGUGUGUGGAGCCCAGGGACCCCAGCAAUGAGACUCUGCAGUUCUGGGAGGAGAGCAACAUCACGGCUUCCCAGGUCAACUGGACCAUGCUGGAGGUCAAGGAGUGCGAGAUGUUGCACGGGGAGUUCGAGGGCAGCGCCUGUGGCCCCCACGGCCCCUACAUCCCAGAUGUCCUCUUCUGGUGCGUGGUCCUCUUCUUCUCCACCGUCUUCAUGUCCGCCUUCCUCAAGGAGUUCAAGACGAGCCGUUACUUCCCCACAAAGGUGCGGGCCAUCAUCAGUGACUUUGCCGUCUUCAUCACCAUCCUUACUAUGGUUCUGGUAGAUUAUGCCUUGGGGAUCCCCUCACCUAAAUUACAGGUCCCCAACAAGUUCAAACCAACCAGGGAUGAUCGUGGCUGGCUUAUAAACCCGGUGGGGCCCAACCCCUGGUGGACCACCAUCAUCACCUCCAUCCCUGCUCUGCUCUGCACCAUCCUCAUCUUCAUGGACCAACAGAUCACAGCCGUCAUUAUCAACAGGAAGGAGCACAAACUGAAGAAAGGCUGCGGCUACCACCUGGACCUGUUUGUGGUGGGGGUGAUGCUGGGCGUGUGCUCGGUGAUGGGCCUGCCGUGGUUCGUGGCAGCCACCGUGCUCUCCAUCUCCCACGUGAACAGCCUGAAGCUGGAGUCGGAGUGCUCGGCCCCCGGAGAGCAGCCCAAGUUCCUGGGCAUCCGAGAGCAGCGCUUCACCGGCCUCAUGAUCUUCACCCUGAUGGGCUGCUCCGUCUUCAUGACCUCUGUGCUAAAGUUCAUCCCCAUGCCUGUGCUGUACGGAGUCUUUCUGUACAUGGGUGCUUCCUCACUCAGAGGCAUUCAGUUCUUUGACCGUCUAAGGCUGUUCAGCAUGCCGGCCAAACAUCAGCCCGACUUCAUCUACCUUCGUCACGUCCCACUGAGGAAGGUGCACCUCUUCACCAUCAUCCAGCUCAGCUGCUUGGUCCUGCUCUGGGUCAUCAAGACCUCCAAGGCUGCCAUCGUCUUCCCCAUGAUGGUCUUGGCCCUGGUGUUCAUUCGUAAGCUGCUGGACUUCAUCUUCACCAAGAGAGAACUGAGCUGGCUGGAUGACCUGAUGCCAGAGUGGAAGAAGAAGAAACUGGAGGAUGCAGAACAAGAGGAGGAGCACAGUAUUAUUGCAGAGGAAGAAGGCAUUGUACAAGUGCCACUGGAAGGAAACUACAAGUGUGACCCAGCCACAGUGAACAUCACUGAUGAGAUGUCGAAAGGAUCUUUCGGGAAUGUGUGGAAGAGUGUCAGCCCUGCUGAGAGCACAAAGAAGGAACCAAGUGCUAAAAGUUGUUCCAGUGGCGGCGAAAAGCGACACAAGCGCCGGAAGCAUGAGAAGAGCUUGGACAGGGAGACAAGUUUGUGAUGACACAUACUAACGGUGCCACUGUGCUGUCAAACAGUAGAUCAACAAACAAAAUCUAUACCGUGCCACACUCAACCACCUUUGUACUGCGCUACACUGUGUUUUUGUCAUGUAAGUCUGUGUGCAAGUUGUGUAAAACAAAGAAAAAUGUGUUAGAAACAGUAUUAACACGAGGAACGGAGACACAUUUGUGUUCUUUUUCUAUGUAUAUCCAUGUUUGGUGAUACCAGCAAUAGAGGGAAGCCAGAAUUAUAUGACACUUACAGUAACUGUUGUGUCAAUGGGCCAAUUAAGUAAACAUUUUAAACAAUUUUUAAAUCUACUUUAUUUGUAUUUUGUAUGUUUUUAUAUUUUUCCAAAAACUACAAUUGCGAGUUGUCCUUUAAAAAACCUGCCACGCCAAACGCAAAUGUGUGGAUUUUGUGUGCAGUAUUUAAUGCCGCUAUUGACUUGAUGCACCUCACAAUAAAAAAGAGUAGAUAUUUGCUAAUACUAAUCUAUUUCACUGGUAUCUAAAAGAGUUGGCUAUAUAGCAAAUCUAGUAAUUUUUUGAAAGUAUUAAAUAUACAUUUUAAAUAUUCUGUAUAUCUAAAUGUUUUUUGUGACAGUGACAGCUCAUAUCACUCCAGAGUCUUCUCCAUUGCUAUUUUACAAAUAAAUGUCUCUCCUCCAGUAAAGCAUUUCCCCAAACAAGUUACAGGAAUAGUUUGACAUUCUGGGAAGUACUUGUUUUCUUGCUGAGAGUUUGACGAGAAGACUGAUACUCUCUCAUGUCUGUACACUAAAUAUGAAGCUAAAGCUAGCAACUGGCUAGCUUAGCUUAGCAAGACUGAAAUCGGUGAAACAGCUAGCAUGGCGCGGUCCAAAUGUAACAAAAUCUGCCAGAAGAUCACUAAUUAAUUAUAUCUUGUUUAUAAUCUGUACCAAAACCGAAAUGUAAAAAAGACACAUGGUUUUACGGCUUCUUGGUUGGGAGCUAGCGAUAGCUAGCUUACAGACAUGAGAGAGGUAUCAGUCUUCUCAUCUAACUCUCGCCAAUAAAGCGAAUAAGCAUAUUUAUCAAAAUAAACUAUUCCUUUGAGGACAGUAUAUUUUGGGCGCAGCUUAUUCGAAAAUGACAUUUUCAAGCUAGCAUGGCAGCAUAGUUUGGGAACUUUCAGUACCUCUAUCUACUUGGCCUUGGCUUUAUAAAAACUCAUCAAAUUUGCAAAUUCUGAACUUUAGGGUGACUGUACAGAAAGCUCUAUGUUUUCCACCUACAUACUCUUUGUCAUCUUGUCAGUAAGUGUCAUCCAUGGACAUGUGAUCUCCUAUCCAAAUGACCCUCAAUGUGUUAGCAUCUGAAGCUAAUUGGUUUAAAACAAAAAAAUCCUGCAUGAUGGUGAAACAGACUUGACUGUCUCACUGCAGGACAAUGGUUACUUCUAGAGAUGCAAUAAUACCCUUUUUCUGGGAAGGGCAACAUGUAAUAAACGGUAAAGAGUCUUAACAAUGUACAAUACAUAGUAUAUUUUAUUCAUGUAAAAUGUUACUAAUAUAUUACUAACAUGAAGUCAGUGUUGAAGGCAGGGUUUUGUUGUAGAUGUUCUUUUCCCAUUGUCUAACUGAUGGUUCUUAGUUGAUUAGAGAAAUUAAUAAUAGGUCAAAACUAUAUCAAUAUCAAAUAUUUUGACCACUUCUGUGUGGAAUUCUGCCUUAAAUUUGGUAGUGAUAGCUGUAUACUUUCUGUUCAAUAAUUUAAGUCACCUGUAUAGAAAUCAGUUCAGAUCUGUUGUUAUAUUGUGAUUUGUUUCAUGAGAAUGAGAGAGUGAGUGAAUGAGAGCAUAAAUAAAGAUGUUAAACAAA